GGCGCCGCCCAGGGCGCCGCCGAGGGCGCGCGCUUGCAGACCAGUGAUACGUGGGCCACGUGGGACGAGGAUCUGGACGUGGAGAUUGUGCCAGCUGCAGGGUCAGACGGAGGAGACACGCAGCCUGAUCGGCAGCCCAACUACGGCGAGCUAGGAUGGCGCUCGCCGUCUCAGGCAGGCACGCAAACAGUCGCAGAUAAGGAGUCGCCGCACGACAUCCCAGCAGAGCAGCCGAACCACGCGAGCCAGGCUGAUGCGCCAGUCGGGGCCCAAGUUGCGGCGCCAGCGGCGGCGGCACCGCCCUCCGCCUGUGAGGCGCCGCCCCCCGCUGGCGAGGCACCGCCUGGCGCCAUCGCAGGGCCGCCCCAGGAGAUGCUGCCCCCAGCGGAGGCAGCGAACGCCCCGCCAUCGCUGAUGUCGCUGAUCAAGUCGCUACAGGGCCAGGUGCUCGAGCAGGCGGAGCAGAACAAGAUGCUCAAUCUGAAGCUCAGGGCGGCCGAGGCGGCCAAGGCACUCAAGAUCAACCCGCAUAUGCAUCCACCAGUGCCGACCGAGGAGCAACCAGAGCAGAGGCAGCAACCAGAUGGAGGGCAGCAACCAGAGCAGGGGCAUGUCAUCGACGUCGAGGAGUCACUGCCCAGCAGUGGGGAUGGAGACGAGGAGAUGACGCAGGCGCUGAAGGAGUCGGAGGAGGCCGCCCGUAUUGCCAAGGAAAAGGAGGACGAGGACAACCAGCAGUUGGAGGAGGCGAUGCAGAGAUCGAGGGAGGAGGCCCAUCGACGUGGCAUCAGCGUCAGUCCCGAGAGGGCCCCGAACUCGCCAGGCAAGGCGAGCACUUGGCAGGACCAGCAAGCGGCUAGCGGUCAGCCUGUGCCGACAGAGAUGCCUGUGCCGACAGCGCAGCCUGCCUCGGCAGCGCAGCCUGUGCCGACAGCGCUGCCUGUGCCGACAACGCAGCCUGUGCCGACAGUGCUGGCUCCUGCAGGAGGCGCGGCCGCGCAGGCAGACUUGGAGACACCGCCGAAGAGCAAGCGCCGCCGCAUGCUCACCGACGUCAUCCUGAGCUCCGAGGUGAACUUCCAGAACAUCCUCAAGAAGGCAGAGAAGCCCGAGCUCCUGGACGUCGAGCUGCACGACCAUCUUAUGGCCAUCUUCCAGGGCAAGCACGUCAAAGAGCGGCACAGCAUGAAGGGCAUAACGCCUCAAAGCAUGCUUCCCGAGGCAGUAGCGGGUGCAGAGAACGCGUUUGGCGAAGUUCAGGGCCCCGACGAGGACGGCAUCGACCCUACGAGCCUCGAGGAGAAGCAGAAGAAGGAGUACGCUGUAUGGCAGGCAGCGAGGGCCAAGGACUUCAGGUUCGCGGCGAACGGCAAGGAGGGCAAUGUCCUGGCGGGCAGGUUCGAUCGCUACAAGAGCAGUCACCCAGACUGUAAGAAGGCUUACGAAGCGCUCAGGAUCGACGGGAGACCCAACAUCCAAGCCCAGGAAGACUUCAGGAGGGAGUGGGCGAUGAAAAAGUUCGAGAACUACAAGUUG